GAAACACACACUCACAAUCCCUUUGGAAAUGGCUAGUCUGCUUACUUCAUCGCCAAUUUGUAGUUUCCCAAAACAGGCUCAGUGGAAACGCUUCUCAAAUAAUAGAUCAAGCUACCAUAUUUUAAAUGUUUUUAGUCCCUCACAAUCUGAAGCUACAACUGAAAUUUCAGUUGAAAACGAUAUCGUUCGGCGAUCUGCUAAUUAUCAUCCUCCUAUUUGGGAUUAUGAUUCUCUUCAGUCACUUGGGCUCCAUCAUGUGGAGGAUGAAUUAUACAAGGAACGAGCGAGCAAACUGAAAGAAGAAGUGAGGAUGAUGUUUGACAAUGUGGUGGAUCCUUUGGAGAAACUUGAGCUUAUUGAUGCCUUACAAAGACUUGGAUUGUCAUAUUACUUUGAGGAUGAAAUAAGGAAAACUUUAAAGAAUAUAAGUAAUAAUCUAAGCAGUAAUGUUGCAUGGAAGAAAGACAAUUUAUAUGCUACAUCGCUUGAAUUUAGACUGCUUAGAAAGCACGGAUACGAGGUCAAUCAAGAUGUUUUCACUAGCUUCAUGGAUAAGGAUGGAAACAUUAAAGCAAGCUUUACCCAUGAUUGCAAGGGACUACUCAACCUAUAUGAGGCUUCAUACCACUUAGUAGAAGGUGAAACAAUGCUAGAGAAUGCAAGAGAGUUAGCGGCUAAACUUCUCAAACAGUGUUUAAAGCAAAACAAUGAUCAAUAUCUUUCGAUGCUUGUGGAACAUGCCUUGGAGCUUCCUCUACAUUGGAGGAUGUUAAGGUUGGAGGCCAGAUGGUUCAUAGAUGCGUAUGAAAAAAACAAGGACAAAAAUCCCAUUAUUUUAGAGCUUGCAAUACUGGAUUACAACAUAGUCCAAGCUAUGCACCAAGAAGAUCUAAGAUAUGCUUCAGGAUGGUGGAAGGAUCUUGGUAUUGGUGAGAGGUUGACCUUUGCUAGAGAUAGGUUGAUGGAAAACUUCUUAUGGAGUGUGGGAAUCAUAGGUGCUCCUCAGUUUGAAAGAGGUAGAAGAAUUCAAACAAAGGUCAAUGCCCUAAUAACAUAUAUAGAUGAUGUGUACGAUGUUUAUGGCACCAUGGAUGAGUUGGAGCUCUUCACAGAUGCUGUUGAAAGAUGGGAUGUCAAUGCAACACAGAAGCUUCCAAACUAUAUGAAGUUAUGUUUCCAUGCUCUUCACAGUUCGAUAAAUGAUAUGGCUUUUCAUACUCUUAAGGAACAAGGAAUUGAUGUCCUUCCCUUCCUUAAGAAUCUGUGGGCAAAUCUUUGUAAAUCUUAUAUGUUGGAGGCAAGAUGGUAUUACAUUGGAUAUAAGCCAAACUUACAAGAAUACAUUGACAAUGCCUGGAUUUCAAUAUCGGGUCCUGUGCUACUUGGUCAUGCUUAUUUGGAAACAAAUCAUGUAACAAAGGAGGGAUUGCAGACCUUUGAGGAAUAUCAUCCCAAUAUAAUUCGUUGGUCAUCCACAGUUCUAAGAUUAGCAAACGAUCUAGCAACAUCAUCAUAUGAAAUAAAAAGAGGUGAUAUACCAAAAUCAAUCCAAUGUUACAUGCAUGAAACUGGAAGAUCUGAAGAAGAAGCUCGUGAGCACAUAAAGAAGUUGAUUGAUGCGACAUGGAAAAACAUGAACAGAGAUCGUAUGGCCGCUAAGUCUCUUUCGUCUCAAAUGUUUUUUGAAACUGCUAUGAACCUUGCGAGAGUGUCCAUGUUGGUAUACCAAAAUGAUGACGGUCAUGGUAUUGAAGAUGGCGAGCCUAAGGAGAGAGCGUUACGAUUAUUUAUUCAAUCAAUUCCAUCGCCAAAAUAAUUUAAGUACAUGUUUAGUACUUUUCAUGUAAAAGACGUGUUGUCUUAAAUAAGUUUCAAAAUAUAACAUGUUUGUUUGUUUUUUUUAGUAA